AUGCCCCAAAGGAGCUCUUUGUUUAUUCGAAUAGUGGAAGGGAAAAAUUUACCAGCCAAAGACAUUACAGGCAGCAGUGACCCUUACUGUAUUGUGAAAAUUGACAAUGAAGCCAUCAUCAGAACUGCCACAGUGUGGAAAACCCUGUUUCCUUUCUGGGGCGAAGAGUAUGAAGUCCACCUGCCCCCCAACUUCCACUGUGUGUCCUUCUAUGUGAUGGACGAAGAUGCGCUAAGCCGAGAUGACGUAAUUGGGAAAGUCUGCAUCACCCAAAGCCUGUUAGCUGAGUAUCCCAAAGGUUACAGCGGCUGGCUGAACCUCACCGAAAUUGACCCGGAUGAGGAAGUUCAGGGGGAAAUCCAUCUCCAGAUCGAGAUUGUUGGCAGCGGGGCUUCGAGGAAGCUGCGUUGCACCGUGUUUGAUGCCAGGGAUUUGGCUCGAAAAGAUCGAAACGGAGCCUCCGAUCCCUUUGUGAGAGUCCGAUAUAAUGGCAAGACUCAGGAAACUUCGGUGAUAAAAAAAUCUUGCUACCCAAGAUGGAACGAGACUUUUGAGUUUGACUUGGACGAGUCGGCCGUGGAGAAGACCUGCAUCGUCGAAGUGUGGGACUGGGAUCUUGUCAGCAGGAACGACUUUCUGGGAAAGGUGGUGUUCAAUGUGCAAGGGCUGGAGACUGUUCAGCGAGAGGAAGGGUGGUUUUUGCUGCGGCCGGACAACUCUAAACCAAGACUGGACGAAGGCAACUUGGGCUCCUUACACCUCCAGGUGCAACUUCGGGAUGAGAUGGUCCUUCCAUCCAUACACUACCAGCCUCUGGUCCAGCUGUUGUGCCAGGAAGUUCAAGCAGGCGCACAGGAAGGGAAAGUGCAUUUAAUAACCCUGAUUGAUGAAACAACGACCGCGGAAUACAGACAGGAAGUUGCCGUCAAUCUCGUCAAGCUCUUCCUGGGUCAAGGGUUAGCCAAAGAGUUCUUGGACCUCCUCUUCAAGCUAGAAUUGGAUAAAACUGAUGAGCCAAACACUUUGUUUCGGAGCAACUCCUUGGCCUCUAAGUCGACGGAGUCAUUUCUCAAGGUGGCGGGAAUGCAAUACCUCCAUCGGGUCCUUGGACCGACAGUCAACCGGGUGUUCGAAGAGAAGCGAUACGUCGAAUUGGAUCCCAGCAAAGUGGAGACCAAAGACGUAGGGUGCUCCAGCCUCCACCGGAUCCAAAGUGAAAGUGACGUGAUCCAGCAGAGUGCCCAGUUGCUUCGCUCCUACCUCACGGACCUGCUCGCCGCCAUCGCCAGAUCCAUCAAGGCGUGUCCUGCCAUCAUCCGCGCCACCUUUCAGCAGCUUUUCAAGCGAGUCGGGGAGCGAUUCCCCGAAGAGAGAGACCAGAACCUGAAAUUCAUUGCCAUCACCAGCUUCCUCUGCCUGCGUUUCUUCUCUCCAGCCAUCAUGUCCCCCAAAUUAUUCCACCUGCGGGAGAAGCAUGCUGACGCCCGCACCAGCCGAAGUCUGCUCCUCCUGGCCAAGGCCAUUCAAAACGUUGGGAACCUGGACACGAGCAUCAGCCGCACCAAGGAAGCGUGGAUGGCUCCUCUGCAGCCCGCCAUCCAACAGGGCGUCACGCAGAUGAAGCAGUUCAUCCUUCAGCUCAUUGACAUCGAGGAGAAAGAAGAAUCGAACUUGCAGAAGACUCUCUCCCUGCAGAACCAGAUUGUGAAAGAGGGACCCCUGUUUAUCCACAAGAAUAAGAGCAAAGGGCCUCUCUUGUCGUCCUCCUUUAAGAAGGUCUACUUCUCGCUGACCAGUGAUGCCCUCACCUACGGCAAGACACCCAAUUCCAAGAAAAGCCCCUUCAUUACGCCGGCCAACAUCCGGGCGGCCGAGAAGGUGGAGGAGAAGAGCUUCGGCCACUCCCACGUCAUGCAGAUCGUCUACACCAACGAGGCCGGGCAGCUGGACACGGCUUACCUGCAGUGCAAGUGUGUCAAUGAGCUCAACCAGUGGCUUUCGGCCUUGCGGAAGGUGUGCGUCACCAACACAGGGAUGCUGUGCUCGUACCACCCGGGCGUCUUCCGAGGAGACAAGUGGAGCUGCUGCCACCAAAGGGACAAAACAGGUCUGGGCUGUGACAAAACCCGGUAUGGAGUUACUCUGCGGGAAUGGAACGACCCCUUGGAUUCUGACUUGGAGGCUCAGUUGAUAUUCCGACACUUGUUUGGAGUGCAACAGCUGAUGAGGGAAAAGUAUAUGGAGUUGUCGACUUUGGAGAAAGGUGAAAAUCUUCAUGUGAGCCAAAGUGAAGAUCCUGAAAAUGUCGAUGGCCCCAGCAAGCUGUUCCAGGUGUUACAGGAACUUGAAGAAAUUCACGGCAGGGAGCUCUCCCGGUUGAGGGACUUGGCCGACCAGGACCGAAAUCACCUGGUGGAACAGCAGACAUGACUCUUGCACCGCAAGUCGCUUGCUUCUGCCCUGUUCAAGCAGAAACGCUGCCAAACUCUGGGAAUGGCAACACUUUCGGGACUUGCGCCCGAGACACAGAGAUGGAACGGGGUGGGACGGCUCUGCUUCUCGGAAGGCCAGAACAUGGACAAACAGCCCUCACUUUCGGGAAUAAGUCACCCUGAUGGAUCCUCCAAACACACCUGCGAUCGAUUUGGAAGACCGGGCACAAACAUUCCUUUCCACCCCUUUUAACGAAGACCUAGUUGUUCUGCUGACGAUUUCCUUCUUAAAUCCUGUAAUUAAUUCAUACUGUCAGCCCCUAUAGCCUCAAAGAAGCAUCGGAGCUGGUUGUUUUAUCGCCUAGGAUUGUCAACUAGAACUUUUUGAGAAUUGCAGACUUUUCUUGUUCUUUUUUUAAAAAAAGGAGCAAGUUUCUAGAUCUCAUGGUGAUAGAGAUGCUUUUGAAAACACAUACAGAAAUCUACUGUGUUCAAGGGCAGAACGUGACGCUUCAGGGCCUUUCCUCAUGUACCUCUAGACAUAAACACCUCUGCGUUCAGCAAGACUCCCCACAAUCGAAGAAUUUGCUAGUCGGGUGUGCAAUGGGUUUCCUGGGAAAGCCACCUUAUCUCGAAAGAGGGGUCCCCGCUCUGAAAGUGAAUCAGAUUAAGGGUGGCUCUGCCAUUAGGGAAGGGAGACGUCACCACUUCAGAUGACAGGCUUGUGGUGCACCAUAAAAGAGCCAGUGUGGUGUAGCGGUUAGAGUGUCGGACUGGGAGUCGGGAGAUCCGGGUUCUAGUCCCCACUCGGCCAUGGAAACCCACUGGGUGCCUUUGGGCCAGUCACAG